CAGUCUACUGCUCACUUGAGACUUGAGGCUCCUCAGAAAGUAAAGUUUGCUCUGGCUUUUCUGGUACAGCACAGCCCUAUUGUCCACCCCAUCUAAUUUGCUACUCGCUCCUCCUGUGACUUCACCACUUCCACGUUCUCGCUGUAGAUGGUGGCUGGUCUCAGGGGAAAAACAGCAGCAUCUUGAUCACGUUCAGAUUCAGGUGGUUCUCCUCGCCCUACAAGAUGAAGUCCCACACCAGCGCCUUGCACUCUAAUCUCGCCUCUAGUACCAAGGCAGCCAGUCAUCAGGGAAGCUCUGCAAGUAGCAUGAGUCUUUAUGGGAAUGAGGGAAUCCUGCCGGCACGCUGGCAGAUGCGCUAUUUGGGCAAGUCGCUGCUGGAGCAGCUGAAAGAUUCUCCCACCCUGCUGUGGCUGGGGCCCCAACUGGCCCUGGACACCCAGCAGGGCAUGGAGCUCAUCUGCUUACUAGGGGCCACGCUGGCCUUCGGGGCCGUGGUGCUGGAGCCGCUGAGGAGUAGCCUGGUGUUCUUCAGCCUUUGGGUCCUCUACCGCUCCGUGUACCAGGUUGGUCAGGUCUUUCUGUACUUCCAGUGGGACAGUCUCCUGCUGGAGGCGGGAUUUCUAGCCAUCCUCGUGGCCCCCUUGAACCUGCUGUGGCAGUCCCCCGCGAAGCACCAUGACGCCACCACCUUCUGGCUGGUGCGAUGGCUGCUCUUUCGCCUCAUGUUCGCCUCCGGGGUCGUCAAGCUCACCAGCCGCUGCCCAACUUGGUGGGGCCUCACUGCCCUGACAUAUCACUACGAAACGCAGUGCAUCCCCUCACCCCUGGCCUGGUACGCCCACCAACUCCCCGUGUGGUUUCAGAAGCUCAGCAUUGUGGGCACCUUCAUCAUCGAGAUCCCCGUCCCCUUCCUCUUCUUCGCUCCCAUUAGGAGAUUGAGGAUCUUUGCCUUCUACGUGCAGGUUUUGCUACAAGUGCUCAUUAUCCUAACAGGAAACUACAACUUCUUCAAUCUGCUCACCAUCAUUCUGUGCUUCUCGCUGCUGGAUGACGACCAUGUCAACUUCUGGCUGAGACGUGGCAAGAAGACGAAAGAGAAAUCCGGGUACCAAGCUGCAAUUUCCUGGACAGCAUUCAUCAUUGAACUGGGUGUCUACGGCCUAUUCUUCUACUGGACUGCACUGUAUUUUGGGAUGGAGAUCAACUGGGAGAAGAAGAGUGUGUUUUCGAAAACAGAAUUCACCUACCACCAGUUCAACAGCUUUUUGAAGAUGGUCACCUUUCCCAGUAUUUGGCUUGGCAUGCUGUCACUUGCCUGGGAGGUGGUCACCGCCAUGUAUAAAUGUGCCUGUAUUCAAGGAUUCUUCUGGAAGCUUUGGGCUACUGUCCAGUGGGCCAUCUUUGCCACAGCUGCUGCUGGCAUGUUUGCCAUCAGUUUGGUGCCGUACACUUACAUCGAGUACGACUCUCAUGGAAACCUCUGGCCAGAAUUGCAUAAGGCAUACAGUGCGGUGGACCGCUAUCACCUGGUCGGCUCCUACGGCCUGUUCAGGAGGAUGACGGGGGUGGGAGGCCGGCCUGAGGUGGUGAUUGAGGGCAGCAUAGACAAGAACACCUGGACGGAGAUCGAGUUCAUGUACAAACCUGGGAAUGUGAGUGGUCCGCAGCCAAUCGUGGCGCCCCACCAGCCUCGCUUGGACUGGCAGAUGUGGUUCGCAGCACUUGGCCCCCACACCCAGAGCCCCUGGUUUCCCAGCCUGGCGUACCGACUGCUGCAGGGCAAGAAGGAUGUGAUUAACCUGAUCCAGGUGGACGAGUCCCAGUACCCCUUCAGGCAGCAGCCCCCCACUUUCAUCCGCGCUCUCCUCUAUAAAUACUGGUUCACAGAUGCCCAGGAGAACGGGUGGUUCUCCCAGCAGUGGUGGAGGCGGCGCUAUGUAGAGGAAUUUUUCCCCACCGUGCACCUGGGAGACCCUUUCCUGGAUGGUCUUCUCACACAGUACGGCUUGAAGGACAAAGGCCUGACCCGCCGAAACUCAGAUGCAACAGUCCCUUGGCUCCUGAGGCUCGUCAGGGAGCACAUCCACACUAUGUCGGGGCCCCUCGUGCUUUGGUCCCUCUUCAGCGCUGGAGCCACCAUCUGCCUCCUCAAGACACUAUUCUCCUUGACCCCCAAGGAGAGCAAGUCUGUCCCCUCUAAGCCGAACAGUGGGAAGCCGAAGGAAACUGCGCCCCCUAGUUCAAAAAAGGACCAUGUGCAGAAAAAAGAGGAGGUCCUCUCUCCUGGCCACAAGGAGGAGGAGAAGGUGCAGGAUUUGGAUAACAACCCAAAAUAAAAGGAAGUGGUGUCACCCUGCCCAUAUCUUUGUCUUGACGCAGUGGGUACUCUCAGGUGCUUAUUACCCACACCCACUGCCACUUGAAUGCUGUGCUUACUUUCCAUGCAGUUUGUAUUUCCACUGAAAGUUUGCUCUUUGACAUUAUGUUCUUCCUUCUGAGAGAACACUUGCAUUUUUCUCGCAUAGUGUUGCUCUCUUCCACCAAGAUGCGACCUAGUUUCUUAGUCCAGCUUGCUGGAACCACAGAGUUCACCUUUCUCCUGUUUCAGAAGUUACACAUUCUUUUGUAAUAAGUUUGUUUUUUGUUUUUUUUUUGUCCCAGAUACCCUGAGUCUAUGAAGUUGUUUGUCAUUAAGCUAUUGUGAUUGGAGCAUCAAGGCCUUUCCAGUUUGCCAGACGCAUGAAGAUUUUCACAUUUGUGCAUUCGUAAUCGAUGUACAGCAUGGUCUUUUUGAUGCUGUGCUUUAGAAACAUCUUAAGAUGCAUCAGGUUGACAGUGUGUUCAAAUCGCUAUCUGGAGGAGUGUUCAAAAUAGCAAAAUCCGUGCCCUUCAAAAUCUGUGUCGUCAUCUUUGUCAAAGUAUGAACUUAGUUCAUGACACAACCGAAAUCCUUAGCACCAUGGACAGGUUGCACCAGUGGUCCUAUUUACAUUGUAUCAGUGGUUUGGACUAAUAACUUUAUGGAUUCCUUUUUAGUAGAUCCACCAAAGCAAAGUAUUAUUUUCAUGUUUUUUGAUGGCUGGGAAUCAAAAGAAACUACAAUGUCAAAGAAAACAUCUGCUAAGUAUUUCAAGGUUUUGAAAUGACAUUGAAUCCUUAUGAAGUUCAAAUGUUAAAAUGUUGAACUUGCUAAGCAGACACUUUAUAAUGUGUAAACAGCCAUUUGUACUUGUGAGAGAAGAUGAAAGUGUCCUGUUGGCUUGUAGAACAGAGUUCUGAAGGUAAACGUAUUAGCCUCAGCUUUGGUGACUAUAAACGAAAUGGUGUAAUAUUUCAGUUGGCUUGUGAAUCAGUCCUGGUGCUGAUGUCUUUCAUAUGUGGCUUUUGUCGGCCUAAAAUUUCAAAAGGACUUUGUCUCCUUGUUUAACUCUGAAGUCAUCAGCAGGGUGGCAAAGUCCAAUUGUGAUAGUCGUCCUUGAAUUAAAUCGUAGUCUCUUUCCUAAUAGUGUUGCCUUGGGUCUCUCAUGGAUGUGCACUCUGGUUCAGGAUUUUAUGUAGCAGCUGUAACAAACACACUGUGGUUGCAUGAUACAGAAUUUAAUUAAUAAAUAUGAUAUUUGUUGAAAACAGUCCGGAGCCGCCUGCUGUGCUGCAUUUCCGGGUUCAUUCCAUAUCCCUUCUGGAUUUUGGGAUGCAGAUAAGCCAAUCUGCUGGUCCUGGGCACCAAAUACCUUGUGUUACUGGUAGAGAUGGUAAGUCACUGCACACUUAAUGUCAUUCUGUGACUGAGAAGUGCCACCUAGCUGGCUGAGUGGGUGGUCAAAACGGUUCCGAGAUCAUGUCCAAUUCUGUUUAAGUCCAGCUAUUCCGAUUGAGGUCUUGUACACUGAUGUUGGUCUUCUUUCACUAACAUGGGAUUUAUCAUGAGGUUUUUUCCAAGUCUUUACUAUGCACUAGCAUUUUCUUUUAAAGCAACUAUUUUAUGUACUAUCCCAGACUGCUAACUACAAGUCCCUCAUAGUUAAAUAUGCAAAAUUUAAAAUAUUUGUAAUGGUUUUGAUCACAUAUUUAUAUAAUAAAGGUUAUAUAUGAAUGAAAAA